GAUUUGGCGAUAUACCGAUACCGGUGGAGGCCUUCUCUUAUAUUGGAAGAGCAUUUUGCGUCGUCCAAAUUUUUUCUUCUGUGGUCCACCUCCGUUUGGGCCUUUAUUGUUUGCUGCUUCUGCUAUUGCAACGCUGCGUAUCUGUAUCUAGCAAGGACUACAGAGAUGGCACAGAAACAGGAAGAGGCAAUUGCCAGGGUCGCUGCGAUCGUGGCACAGGUCUCAGACGCAAAAUUUUACCAUGUUGAUCCGUCGUCCAAGACUACCGCAAGCAAGCUCUCCUCCAACGAUGCGUUGACGUACAUCGACGAGCCAAAGUCGAUUGUGUCGAACUUGGACUCGAGGAAGUUUGUCCAGGCUCUGCCUCUGCUCUUGAAGAAGGACAGCUCCAAGAUCUACAACCUCAACGUGAAGAUCUCGAACGACGACUUCUCCAUCGUCACUGCCUGCAAGGAUCUUGGCUUCGCUCUGUUCAUCUCCUCGGACGUCCAGGAGUCGGUCGAUUUCACCCUUCUCUCUGCCUUGGUCUCCAAGGUCUCCCACCAAUCUACUAUUCAUUUCUACGUCGAGGAAAAGUCCCAGGCGGUCGACGUGUCCGCUCUAGACUUGGCCAAAGUCAAGUCGGUUUACGACUCGUUUGACUCACCCUCUUUGGAUGACGCAUUUGCAGCCAUCAAGUCGCUCACAGGUAACACACACUCCGAAUUCAAGCUCGUUAACCAUGCGAAAUCCGCAACCAACUUGAUUCUCCUCCUCGGUAACCCGACGGCUUUUGCAAACGAUGUCAAGUUCACCUCUUCGAACUCCUUGAUCUCCAUUAAGGUUUAUAGACCUCUUGAAUUGCACAACUUGGAAAAGCUAAUCGCUUCAGUCGAGUUUGAAAAAUUGAUCGUGCUGGAGCAAUCCUCCGUUAACCUUCAGUUCCAGUCUCUAUUCUUGGACUUGCUCAACAUACUGCCUUCGUUAAGCAACUCCUCCAACGUCGAGGUCUUGCCGCUUCAGAUAUUGAAGGUUGAUUCUUCAAACGUCGAUUCUGUCGUGGAGUCCUUGAACAAAAUCAAGUCCUCGAGCCUCCCUGUGUUGGGUAAGGCUUUCAACGAAACCUCUGCCCCUUCAGUUGGUACCUUUGAAAAAUCUUCAGAUGGUGCAUACUUGCGACUCUUGAAAGAGUCUGUGGAUCCAAAAUAUUUGAACAUUUUGAACGACUUUGAAAUCAACCCAUCUCCAGAAUACUCUUUUGGUAAGUUUUUAUACCAAGAAGAAGAGUUGAAAAAGUUGGUCGAGCUCGUCGAAUCGAAGCUUUCUUCAUUCACUGGUGAAUUGAACGAUGAACUAACCAACUGGCUUGUCAAGGCAAGAGACACAAGUGACGUUCACGACGGAUCUGCCAUCGUCAAGUUGUUAGAGAAGGACAACUCCACCACUGCCGUGGAAUUAUUGGAAUUGAAAAAGUAUUUCACAUUGACCCACAACUGGAUCAUCGGCUCCGAUAACUGGUCUUACGAUUUAGGAUUAUCCGCAUUCCAUGCCGUUUUGAACUCAAACAACAAGAGAGUGAAGUUACUUAUCAUCGAUUCCGACUCCUCAGUCAACCAGAAACAGGGCAAAAAGAACUUAGGUUUGUUUGCCAUGAACUAUAAGAACUCAUACGUUUCCUCCAUCGCUAUCUACUCCUCUUAUACACAAGCAUUGGCAUCCUUUAUUGAAGCUAACAAGUUCUCAACUGGUCCAUCGAUUGUGCUCGCUUACAUGCCUAAAUCAAACAAUUACUUGGAAUUAUUGAAAGACACGAAAAAGGCUGUCGAUGUCGGUUACUGGCCAUUAUAUAGAUUCAACCCAACUUUAGAGAACGAAGACGAAUCAUUCAAGCUUGAUUCUUCUUUCAUCAAGAAGGAACUACAAGAUUUCCUUGACAGAGAAAACAAGUUAUCUCUUUUGGUUUCCAAGAACUCUAAAUUGGACUACAACUUGAAGACUUACAAUAACAAAGUCAGCACCAACGUUGAUGAGAACUCCAAGAAUGCUUUCAAGGACUUGUUAGAAAAGUUAAGUGGCGCUCCUCUAACCAUCGCGUAUGCAUCCGACGGUGGUAAUGCUACAAACCUUGCCAACAAGUUGAACAGAAGAGCAAUUAGUAAAGGUUUGAAGGUCAAAUUACUCCAGAUGGAUGAUUUGUCUAUGGACGACUUAGCAUUAGAAACCAACGUCGCUUUGAUCACUUCUACUUCCGGUCAAGGUGAAUUCCCUAACGGUGGUAAGGCGUUCUGGGAAAACUUAAAGAACUCAACCCAAGAUUUGGCAAACAUCGGCUUUGCCGUCUUUGGUUUGGGUGACUCUAAAUAUUGGCCAAGAGCUGAAGAUGCACACUAUUUCAACAAGCCUGCUCAAGAUUUAUACAAGAAGCUUGAACUUCUAGGCGGUAGAUUUUUGUGUGAUUUGGGUUUGGGUGAUGAUCAAGCCGAUGAUGGUUACAACACUGCCUACAACAGUUGGGAACCAAAAUUAUGGGAAUCUUUGGGCGUCUCCGUUGAGAACGCAGAUGAGCCACCACCAAUCACCAACGAAGAUAUGAAAAUCAACUCCAACUUCUUGAGAGGUACAAUUGCAGAAGGUUUGGCAGACGAAUCAACUGGUGCAAUAUGUGCUACUGAUCAGCAAUUGACCAAGUUUCAUGGAAUUUACAUGCAGGAUGAUAGAGAUAUUAGAGAUGAAAGAAAGAAGGAAGGUAUGGAACCAGCAUACUCUUUCAUGGUUAGAGUCAGAUUACCAGGUGGUAUCUCCACCCCAGAACAAUGGCUCAAAAUUGAUGAGUUAGCCGAUACUAAUGGUAACCAUACUUUCAAAAUCACCACCAGAGCAACUUACCAGUUACAUGGUGUUAUCAAGAAGGAUUUGAAAGAUACUAUAAGAGAAAUCAACACAACUGCAAUGGAUACUUUAGGUGCAUGUGGUGAUGUCAACAGAAAUGUGAUGAUUUCUGCUCUUCCAGGUAACCGUCAUCUUCAUGCACAAAUGGAUAACACUUCCAAAUUGAUUAGUGCUAGAUUAUUGCCAAAGACUACCGCAUACCAUGAAAUCUGGUUAACAGAUUUGAAAGAAGUUGCUAGAGGUAUUGAAGGCUCACCAGCCAAGGUUAUGAUAGGGGGUGAUGCCCUAGUUGAUGCUGAGCCUUUGUACAGCCCUGUCUAUUUACCAAGAAAAUUUAAGGUUGUCAUUGCUAUGCCACCAUACAAUGAUGUUGACGCUUGGGCUCAUGAUGUCGGUUUGAUUGCUAUCGUUGAAAACAACAACAUCAUUGGUUAUAACGUUCUGGUUGGUGGUGGUAUGGGUACUACCCAUAACAACACCAAAACAUAUCCAAGAACAGGAUCCAUGUUUGGUUUCGUUGAAUACGAUAAGGUUAUCGAUGUAUGUGAAAAAGUUAUGAUUGUCCAAAGAGAUAAUGGUGAUAGAAAAAACAGAAAACAUGCUAGAUUAAAGUAUACUAUUGAUGAUAUGGGUGUUGACGUUUAUAAGGCUAAGGUUGAAGAACUAUUGGGUUUCAAGUUCCAGGAGCCAAAGCCUUUCAAGAUUGAAUCCAACAUCGACUACUUUGGAUGGACUCAAGAUGAGACUGGAUUGAACCACUACACUUGCUUCAUUGAAAACGGUAGAAUUGAAGAUGUUGCAGGAAAGCCACAAAAAACCGGUUUAAACAAGAUUGCACACUAUUUCAAAGAUAACAACGCUGGUGUUUUCAGACUUACAGGUAAUCAACAUAUCUUGUUAAGUGAUAUCCCUGACCAACAUCUUGAAGUUGUCAAGAAUUUACUACAUGAAUACAACCUUGAUAACUUGAACCACUCCUCUUUGAGACUAUCCUCUGGCUCCUGUGUUGCAUUCCCAACUUGUGGUUUGGCCAUGGCAGAAGCAGAGAGAUACUUACCGGUUUUAAUUGGCAAGUUGGAAGAAGAAUUGGAGAAAUUGGGCUUGAGAAAUGAUUCUGUUGUGAUGAGAAUGACUGGUUGUCCUAACGGUUGCGCAAGACCAUGGGUUGCAGAAAUUGCGUUGGUCGGUAAGUCAUAUGGUUUUUACAACUUGAUGUUAGGUGGAAGCUACAUUGGUAGCCGGGUCAACAAGAUUUACAAGUCUAAUGUGAACGAAGAAGAAGUGUUGGCAACCUUAGUUCCAAUGUUUGCAAGAUGGGCAAACGAAAGAUUGGAUGGUGAGCAUUUUGGUGAUUUCGUCAUUAGAGUUGGCAUUAUUAAACCAACUUUAGAAGGAAAAUACUUCUGGGAUGAUGUUGUUGAACAUUGAUGUAUUUCAUUUCUCUUUUACUUAUUAUUCUUUUCUUUACUUUCCAUUGUUUACUAGUUAAUAUUUAAUAUCUUGUAUUUUGAUAAAUUUUUAAGUACAAACCAUAUUCACUUAGAAUAAAACAAAACUAUACA